AUGAUUAAUAUUAACUUAUUCUAUUUCAUGUUUUCAGAUCGCAUUUUCUCAUACAAUGAUCCCGUCGUUGUUACCAAUGAUGAGAAAUCUUCUCGAACAUUGAAUUAUACAUACAUCCGAUUGCAAUCAAAAACCUAUGAUAAAUUCUGGUGUGCAACUGAAGAAGGUCAUCAUCAAAUAUCUUGUUCCGAUGAGCGUGCAUUGCUAACUGAUAUAACAAUUCGCAAAGUCUAUCGGCGUACACAAAUGUGUGCACCUGAUGAUCAUUCCGAGUAUCUUGUUCACUGUCAAGCAUUCGUUGAUGGAUCAUCAUGUGAAGGAAACAAAAGUUGUUCAAUAGAUGUCUCCAGUCGAGACUAUCUGCAAUGCGGAGAUAAAUCUUAUGCGCCGACGUAUUUCUUUGUUAAAUAUACUUGUAUACAAAUUCAUACAAUGUGCACAGACACAACGCCUAUACGAAACACAUUGUAUGGAUAUAUCAUCUCCCCAGCUUAUCCGCAUCCGAUGGCUGAUAAUUUGACCUGUUCAAUAACGAUUGAAGCUGAUCCUUCGAUGUAUAUUGAAUUAUCUCCGAUUCAAAUACGUUUACAAGAGGCAAUUAAGUGUCGCACAGAAUUUAUUGAAAUUCUCGGCUACGAUUCAUCAUUUGAUGAAACAAAUCAAGAUAAAAAUCUCAAUUGGAAGGCAUAUUACACAUGGUGUGGUGCUGAUCGAUCAUUAAACAAUCCAUUACCAAACUCACGAUAUUUAAUUACAUCGAAUUCUUUAUACAUUUCUCUGCGAACAAGUAUUUCGAAGAAACCACGCUACUUCAAAAUACGAUAUAAAAUUGUUCCAUCUACAACUCGUUCACAAUACAAUUUCGACGGACUUGCAAUCGAUUCAGCAUCUAAGGGACAUGAUUCAUCAGCGGUAACAAUUCAGUCAUCGACGACUAGUUUAUCGACAACUUCCAUCAUUCCAUUGUUGAAUGACACAGAUAUGAAGCUUAUAAACGCAACAACAGCAAAACGAUUUUUCAAGAAAGAAGUUGUCAUCGGAAUUAUUGCGGGCGUGAUCAUUCUUCUCAGCGCUAUCGUAGCUGGCAUUAUCGUUUUGGUUUUGAUUAAAAGACGUCGAUCAGCCGGUGCAUCCAGUGCGGGAAAGAAAAAUGUUGCUUCGACGAGCAGCAGUACGACGGCAGCUAAGCCAGUGGGAAAAUCAUCUGACAAAGCACCAUUACUUGAACAAAAAGCUGAUACAUCGAAACCAGGUGCAAAACCGAAACUAGUCCCAGAACGAACAGUACAAAUUGGGGAAGCUAAUACUACUCGGUUUAAACCGAAUGUUGCUACAGAUUCUAAGCCAGGGCCAUCAAAAUCAGAUGCUGGUCCACCCAAGCCUGCCUUAACUGCAGCCGAUAGUGGUAUCUAUGGUGCUGAUCUAUCUGAAGAUUCAAAGACUCCGUUAAAACCCGUGGUACCACCACCCACGUCAAUACCUGACCCGCCGGAACUGCCAUCAUCUUCCAUACCAGCGGCAUCGGUGGAAAUAUCGCCAGUAACCGAAUCGGUCGCACCAGCUACUACUACUACUGCAUCUGAUCCGGAGCCAGCGGCGUCGAUCGUCGCUAAGACUGAGCCAGAAGCAGAACCAUCUACGACAUUACCUGCUGAAUCAGUGCCAGAACCGGUCACAACUGUUGUCGUCAAUCCACUUAGUGAAAAUACAACGCUAUCUGCUAUUGUUGUACCCAAUCACGUGGAAUUAAAUCCACUAUUAACUCAUGAAAAGGGAUAUACUCUAGAUAAUACAAUCCAUAGCGCAUAUCCAAAUUUAAUCGACGCAACUACCAGCGAAAACGAAGGAACAACUUGUGGUAGUGCCAUACAAUCACGACGAACAUCGCAUUUAAAACAGCCCGUGCCAAUUCCAGAAAGCAAUAAUCUCGAAACAGUUGUUAUAUCCGAAUGCGCCGAUACGUCAUCACACAAUACAAUCCCAUUUAACCCAUUACACGUGAUAUUGAAAAAGGAUGCCAAUAAAUAUUAUACAACAGAAUAUAUUUAG